GUAUGUGUGGAGCAGAAAUAGCCACAUCAGUCUUCUUCAGUUCAGUGCAGUCUAUCACUCAGGUUAACUGAACUAACCACUAAGCAAUGUCUUCCUUCGUUGCCAAACUCUCCUCCCUACCUCUUUCUCUCUCCGUUCGCUCAUCAUCAUCAUCAUCAUCAUCAUCAUCACAAGACUGGAGGAAAAGGUCCAAACCUAUCCCUCCAGGUGGCACCUACCCAGCUAAAGAUCAAUGCAGUCGUUGCGGCUUGUGUGAUACAUAUUAUAUUGCUCAUGUUAAAAAUGCCUGUGCUUUCUUGGGAGAUGGAAUGUCUAGAAUUGAAAAAUUGGAACCCGUUGUUCAUGGCAGAGGGCGAAAAACUGAUACCUUAGAUGAGACUUACUUAGGGGUCUAUGAGGAACUGUUAUAUGCUCGGAAACUUAACCCUGUGGAAGGAGCUCAAUGGACUGGUAUAGUAACAACCAUUGCAAUUGAAAUGCUUAAAUCAGGCAUGGUUGAAGCUGUCAUUUGUGUACAAAGUGAUCCUGAUGACAGAUUUUCUCCCAGACCUGUUUUAGCAAGGACACCAGAAGAAGUGUUGGCUGCUAAAGGUGUCAAGCCAACAUUAUCUCCUAACCUUAAUACCCUUGCACUUGUUGAGGCUGCAGGUGUCAAGCGUCUUCUUUUCUGUGGCGUCGGUUGCCAGGUGCAAGCGUUAAGAUCUGUAGAGCACCACUUGAAUUUGGAUAAGCUCUAUGUUUUAGGCACAAAUUGUGUGGACAAUGGACCUAGGGAAGGACUUGAUAAGUUUCUAAAUGCUGCAAGCGAUUCACCUGAAACAGUACUUCAUUAUGAAUUUAUGCAAGAUUACAAGGUUCACUUGAAGCAUUUGGAUGGUCGUAUUGAAGAGGUUAUUUUUUUCUUUUACUUAUCUGACUUGAAGGCAGUCACGAGUUCGUUUUCGUUUCAAUUUCUUAUCUGCUCCUUCAUUUUAUGUUGCACUAAUUUGUCAGAAUCUCUCUUCUACAGCUGCUUUGACUAUACAAAUGGUUUAGCAGACUUGGUUAUUGGAUAUAUGGGUGUGCCAAAAUAUUCUGGAGUCAGCAUGACACAACAUCCACAAUAUAUUACUGUCAGGAAUGAACGUGGUAGAGAGAUGCUGAGUCUUGUCGAGAAUUUACUAGAGAUUACUCCAACAACUAAUGCGGGAGAUAGACGACCAUUUGUCAUGGAGACUGUUAAGGCUGAUGAUGAAGCUAAAUUCGGAAGAGGUCCUUCUCAGCCUGCCCCAAAAUUUGUUGGAAACUUGCUGGCAUUUAUACUAAAUUUGAUUGGUCCAAAGGGUAUUGAAUUUGCGCGUUAUUCACUUGAUUAUCAUACCAUUCGGAACUAUUUAUACGUAAAUCGAUUAUGGGGAAAGGAAAGGGCUGACAGGCACAUGCCUUCAUAUGCUAAGAAAAUUGUGGAUCUCUACAAUCAAAAUGGUCAAAUCGAAAAGAUGCUCUCCAAAAAGUGACUUGAAAAGGAUUAUAUGUUCCAAAUAUGCAUAGAUGUGACUUCAAAAUAUGCAUUGAGUCUCUAUUUUCAUUUUGCAUUUCACUCAUUGUGAAUAAUCAAGAAGUCAUAACUUAUAUAGUGGAGAAAAGACCACUAUAUAAGCUUGUUCAAUGGACACCAGAUUCAAAGAGUAGUGAUUAGUAGGUUACAUAGCUUAUGAAGAACAGGGAUAGUGUAUUUUGUGAAUAUAUGAAGAUUUGGUUUGCUAUGCAUGUAAAACUGCUUUGUGAGAGUGGUAACAAGUAUAAAAUGCUAGGAGUAAUUUUAUUUUGUUCCUUUUGUGGCAUCAUAUUAAAACACUUGGCUGAACAUUAUCUCUUAGUAAAAUAAAGCCAAAAAUACACCUAUGGUCCUUCUUUUAA